UCCUGAGGCUCGGAGGAUCCCCGCGCCGCCCGCGAGGAUCUGACUCCCGGUGCCGGUGCGCGUUAGCCCGGCCGGGGACGCGGAGGGGAGCCUGCCGCGGACGUGCCGGGAGCCGCGGGCCGCGCCGAGAGGCCGGGAUCGCGCCUCGGGCGCCGCGGGCGGACCACAGCGCCGCAGCCCCAGGCAGGCGCCGAGGAGCAGCUGCGCGGGGACCGCCGGGCGGCGCCUGGUCUGCGCGCCGGGAGCAGCGGGAGCCUCCGCCGGCGGCCAGCAGUGUGCUGAGUGUCCUGGAGCCCCAACAGAAAUGACUGGGAAAUUCGCUGCUUGCCUUUGCUGUGACCCAAGCAUCAGUGGGUAGAAACCAAAGACCAGAGAGAGCCAAGACUUUGAAUGUGAAUCCAGUAGUGGGCUGUUGCUCAAGCUAAAAAACGGCGUGAAUGAGCCCAAGGGAGGCCACGCUGUCAUUGCUGCAAGAGUACCCAAUCUCCAUGGCACUUGCAUGGAUCUUGCUGUGAAAAGAACCAAACAGGGACUUGCUGGAAACUUCUUGGCUUCCCUUGCUGAGUGUUCUGAAGCCAUUGUCUCACUGUUGUUCUGAUUGUGUCCUGUCCUUCUCUUGCCAAGGCCAACAGCCUCAAGGAGGCAUUCCUGGGCCCAUCCACCAGCCUGAACAUGAACACGGGCAGAACUGAUGACAGCCAGGGUUCCCAAGGGACAUGGGGCCCCGAGGGGUCUGGCCCUCAGCAGCAGGACCUCUCAUGAUGCUGGUGUCCCGGAGUGAGCACCAUGCCCAUCACCCAGGACAAUGCCAGGCUGCACUUGCCCCUCCUCUGUCAGUGGCUGCAGAACAGCCUGCGGGAGGGCGGGGAUGGGCCGGAGCAGCGGCUGUGCCAGGCGGCCAUCCGGAAGCUGCAGGAAUACAUCCAGCUCAACUUGGCGGUGGAUGAGAACCCGGUCUCCCCUGACCACAGCCCCCCAGAAAUGGAGAUCUGUACUGUGUACCUCACCAAGCAGCUGGGGGACACAGAGACUGUGGGCCUCAGUUUUGGGAACAUCCCUGUUUUCGGGGACUAUGGUGAAAAGCGCAGAGGGGGCAAGAAGAGGAAAACCCACCAGGGCCCUGUGCUGGACGUGGGCUGCAUCUGGGUGACAGAGCUGAGGAAGAACAGCCCGGCAGGGAAAAGCGGGAAGGUCCGGCUGCGGGACGAGAUCCUCUCCCUGAACGGGCAGCUGAUGGUUGGAGUCGACGUCAGUGGGGCCAGUUACCUGGCUGAGCAGUGCUGGAAUGGCGGCUUCAUCUACCUGAUCAUGCUGCGGCGCUUCAAGCACAAAGCCCACUCGACUUACAAUGGCAACAGCAGCAACAGCUCGGAACCAGGAGAGACACCUACCUUGGAGCUGGGUGACCAAGCUUCAAAGAAGGGAAAAAGAACCAGAAAGUUUGGGGUCAUUUCCAGACCUCCCACCAGCAAGACCCCUGAGGAGUCGCACAGCAGCACCAGCUGUGAGGUGGCCCACAAUCCGAGCCCUGAGCUGGAGAACGGCAGUGCAGACCCCGAGCAGGCGAACGGGCAGGGCUCUGAGCUAGACAGUGGCUCCCAUUCGCUCAAGGACGCAGCUGGACCCAAUCUAGAGCGGUCGGAAGCAGACAAAGGGGCAGAGCCUAGAAUUCCAAAGACAGAGGCUCCCCUGACCUCGGGCAGUGACAAACGCCGCUUCUCCAAAGCUGGGAAGACAGACUCCCAGUCCAGUGACUGCCUGCCACGGGAGGAAGUUGGUCGGAUAUGGAAGAUGGAGCUGCUCAAAGAAUCAGAUGGGCUGGGAAUUCAGGUUAGUGGAGGCCGAGGAUCAAAGCGCUCACCUCACGCUAUCGUUGUCACUCAAGUGAAGGAAGGAGGUGCCGCUCACAGGGAUGGCAGACUGUCCUUGGGAGAUGAACUGCUGGUGAUCAAUGGUCACUUAUUGGUCGGGCUCUCCCAUGAGGAAGCUGUGGCCAUUCUUCGCUCCGCCACUGGGAUGGUGCAGCUGGUAGUGGCCAGCAAGGAAACUUCUGCAGAGGACCUCCUUAGGCUGACUUCUAAGAGCCUGCCAGAUCUGACCAGCUCAGUCGAGGACGUAUCGUCUUGGACUGACAAUGAAGACCAGGAGCCGGAUGGGGAAGAGGAGGAAGGGACCGGCUCAUCUUCCGUCCAGAGAGUGAUGCCUGGGACAGACGAGCUCCAGGAUGUGUGCGGUCCUGAGGAACCCAAGGGGAACCUGCAAAGUCCCCAGCAGGGCAGCGGCAAAAUGAAGCUCAAGAGUCGCCUUUCGGGGGGUGUCCACCGCCUGGAGUCUGUUGAAGAAUAUAACGAGCUGAUGGUGCGCCAUGGAGACCCUCGAGCCAGGAUGCUGGAGGUCUCCCGAGAUGGCCGGAAGCACUCCCUUCCUCAGCUUCUGGACUCUUCUGGGACAGGACAGGAAUACAUCGUGAAGAAGUCCACCCGCUCCCUAAGCACGACUCAUGUGGAAUCUCCUUGGAGACUCAUCCGGCCAUCUGUUAUCUCCAUCAUUGGGCUGUACAAGGAAAAAGGCAAGGGUCUUGGCUUUAGCAUUGCUGGAGGUCGAGACUGCAUUCGGGGCCAGAUGGGGAUUUUUGUGAAGACCAUUUUCCCAAACGGGUCAGCCGCAGAGGAUGGAAGACUUAAAGAAGGAGAUGAAAUCCUAGAUGUAAAUGGAAUACCAAUAAAAGGCUUGACGUUUCAAGAAGCCAUUCAUACCUUCAAGCAAAUCCGGAGUGGGCUGUUCGUGCUCACAGUUCGUACCAAGUUACUGAGCCCCAGCCUCACGCCCUGCUCAACCCCCACACACAUGAGCAGAUCAAGCUCUCCCAACUUCAACACCAGUGGGGGCACCUCCUGUGAUGAAGCCAGCUCCUCUGUGGGACGGAAGGCCCCAGGGCCCAAAGACCGAAUUGUCAUGGAAGUCACACUCAACAAAGAGCCAAGGGUUGGACUGGGCAUUGGCGCCUGCUGCUUGGCUUUGGAGAACAGUCCUCCUGGCAUCUACAUCCACAGCCUUGCACCUGGAUCAGUGGCCAAGAUGGAGAGCAACCUGAGCCGCGGAGACCAAAUCCUAGAAGUGAACUCCGUCAAUGUCCGUCAUGCUGCUCUUAGCAAAGUGCACUCCAUCCUGAGCAAAUGCCCUCCGGGACCUGUCCGCCUGGUCAUUGGCCGCCACCCCAACCCUAAGGUUUCCGAGCAGGAAAUGGAUGAAGUGAUAGCACGCAGCACUUACCAAGAGAGCAAAGAGGCCAAUUCUUCUCCUGGCUUAGGUACCCCCUUGAAGAGUCCCUCUCUUGCCAAAAAGGAAUCCUUGAUUGCUGAUUCCGAGUUCUCCCAGUACUUUGCCCACGAUGCCCAGGGCUCCCUGUCAGACUUCAUGGCAGCCGGCUCCGAGGACGAGGAUCACCCUGGAAGUGGCUGCAGCGCGUCCGCGUCCGAGGACCACAGCCUGACUCCGGGAGCCUCCACUCACAGGGAGCCAGGAAAACCCCGGGCCAACAGCCUCGUGGCUCUCGGAAGCCAGCGGACCUCUGGCCUCUUCCACAAGCAGGUGACAGUUACCAGACAAGCCAGUCUCCCUGGAAGCCCACAGGCCCUCAGGAACCCCCUCCUCCGCCAGAGGAAGGUGGGCUGCUACGAUGCCAACGAUGCCAGUGAUGAGGAAGAGUUCGACGGAGAAAGGGACUGCAUUUCUCUCUCAAGAGCCAUUCCGGAUCCCAGCAGGCCCCUGACAGAGAACGAUGCCAGGCCUGGCUCCACGAUCUCUCCCAAGGCUGUGGACAUCAACAAGCAAGAGGAGCUGCCCCAGAAAACGCUGGUCAGCAAAGCCUGUUCGGUGCCGCUCCUGGGCAGCUCGCUGAACUUGGAGGACAGUGUGCCGGAGGGCGUGGCGCCUGCUCCUUCCCAGGGAUCCAGCCAAGCCCCCAAGCGUAGCCCUGGAGGCCUGGGAAGAAAGGAACUCUCGGGAUCAAAGAGUUCACCCAAAUUGGAAUACAAAGUCCCUGCGGACAUCCAGGGUGUGGUGAACACAGAGAACCCCAUUUCUCCCAAGCAGAAGAGUGAAGACCUCGGGUCCAGGCACAAACCAGUGGCCAAGGUCACCCCCCACUGCAAGAGGCCCACGGCGGAGACAGCAGCCUUGUCCAGCAGAACUGAUGGGCCGAGUGGUCAGGACUUGAAGAUCCAAGCCACUCUCUUCAGCGAGAUUAUCACUGGUCCGCCACCAGGGGGCACUGCAGAGGAACCUCUGGGAAAGCUGGCCCCUGGGGACGGACGUGUCCCCACGGACUGCGGGACACCCAGAGCUCUGUCCCACACGGACACUGGACGCCUCACAGAGAACCUGUCCGAAGCUGCACCAGAGCAGGGACCGCAACCCGAGACUGGACUGGACAGCUCCCCGGCCCUCCUCCCCUCCCCAGAAAAGAAGGGAACCACUUAUCAUCACCCCAGCGAGGUCUCCACAGACCCAGGGCAAGCCAGCCAGCCUGAGGGUCCCAGCCAGCCCCCCUCACCCAGGGCCCCCGAGCCCGAGUCCCAGGGCGGAUCUGCGGUGAGGCUGCCCCACAGGUGCCACGAAUCCCCUGUGGGGACAGCAGUGGCUCCUCCUGACCUCAGCAAGACCCAGGCUGCACCAGGAGCCCACCUAUCCCACGACACCGUGAAAGUGGCUGCCCCCAGAGGCUUGGGGCCAGGGACUGAAGGAGCCACUCCGGCCAGCACUGUCCUGCCACGAGACCCCCACACCUCCCAGGAGGGGUGUCAAGGAGCCCCUGGGGACCACAGGCAGGCCUCUGAAGUGACCAGAGUCGACACCCCACACAGUUCCCAGCAGGACCAGGAUUCCCUGUCUGCAAGCCCCUCCCCACCAGUGUCCAUUGACAGGCUCAAAGACACGUGUGAUGGCAUCUCGGGGCACUGCUGCACGUCUGGGAGCACAGGGAGCCCCGUGACAGACAUCGACAGCUUCAUCAAGGAGUCCGAGGCUUCUGCAGCCAGGCUCCAGUCUCCCCAGAAGGGUGGCUGCGGAGGUCAUGAGGGGAGUUGUCAGAGCUGGCCACUGGCAGGAGCUGCAGAUGGCAGUACUCACCUUGUCCAGCCAGUCACAGGCGACCAGACGCCCUCCCCAAAGAGGGCGUUGGCUGCUGGUCCACCUGCGGCUCCGCCAUGGGCCUCCCAAUCUUCAGUCUGGGAUUCCAUUCACCCUGACAAACAUUUUACUGUGAACAAAAGCUUUCUGAGCAGCUACUCUAGAAAUUUUAGCAGUUUUCAUGAUGACAGUAUCUCCCUGUCAGGUCUGGGUGACAGCACAGAGCCAUCCCUCUCAUCCAUGUAUGGCGAUGCAGAGGACUCAUCUUCUGACCCCGAGUCACUCACUGAAGCCGCACAAGCUUCUUCCAAAGCCAGUUGGUCACCUCCUCAUCCAUAUGGGUCUUCUCACAAGGAAGACACCACAGAGUCUGAGGAAGAACAAAUUGAAAUUUGUUCCACAAAUGGUCACCCCAGUCCACCCUCACCAAAUAGCCAUCAUCCUGCCCAGACCAUGCCCUGCCCUGCUGUAGCCAAAGUUCUGCCAUUACAGCACAAUGCCCGGAGUGAGUCCGUGGACAGCCCCUCUGAGAAAGCCUCCUCCUUGCCAAGAGCCUCCUCCUGCACUUCUGUCCCCAACUCUCCCCAGCCACCCUCACUCCUGGAUAUAAGCUCUCAGGAGCAGGAAACUCCUGUGGGUGGAAGUGUUUCACAGAACCACAGGUCCUUGUGUGCAGGAGAAACCGUGGGAGUCCCCAGUGCUAGCUUGGCCAUGGACAGCAGCCAGCCUUCGAAAGCCACCAGGCACUGUCACAACCCACCAGCCACGCUCAGCUCCCCCAACAUGAUGAAUGGCUUGGAACAUAACCUGCUGGAUGACAAAGGCCCAAGUAAACAAGAAACAAAUGCCACUGCAACGGAAAACACGGACUCCUGCAGCACAGAUGUCCCUACGAAUGGAGAGUCGGUUCUGGCAAAUCUGCGUAUCUCUGAAAGUCAAGACUUGGAUGACUUGUUACAGAAACCAAAAUUGAUCUCCAGGAAGCCCAUUGUGGGCUGGUUUAAAGAAAUAAACAAGAAUAACCACAGUACCCAUAUGCAGAACAAAACUGAGAAGGAAUCCUCUAUGCCACCAGUCAGGAGUCCUGACUCUAAAAUCCAGGUGUUGAGCUCAAGCCACAAAAAGGGGGUUGCUACGCCCAGUAGCCCUCCCCCACUAAAAGACAGUCUUGAGAAUAAGGACUCAUCUAAAAAAGGUUCAAUGGAAGCACUUUUGAGUAACUGUCAGAAAGCCAGGUGUGGCCCUAAGCUAAAGAGACUCAGCAUCAAAAGUAAAACCAAAGUUGGCUGUGAGGUUCCUCCCUCGAACUCCGCUAAGGCCGCUGGGGCAGAUCACAGGAAGGCCUUAGUUUCACCCCAGAGCUCACACAGGACACUUGCUAAGGGAGUGGCACCCCGGUUCCACAUAGCUGACCACGAGGAGUCUGACAGAAACACCUCAGACACCUCCAAGCCUCCCCAGAACAUGCUAGAGAGCAAGCCCCCACUGGCUGCCUCCGGCUCGCUGAAGUCCUCAGCAUCAGACACGAGCCUCCGAUCGGGCCCUUCACCCCUGACCUCCCCCAAGACUCUUCCUGAGCCAGGCGCGUGUAGCAGGUUCCACGCGGCCGUCUACUCAGCAGCCAGCCGAGGCUGUUCCGCUGUCCCCCGACCUCCUCGGGGAGCCAAUGCUGGCUCUGGGCCUGUGAGCCCCAUAGUCUCAGGGCACAGUGUGUCCUCAGCAGGGAUCAGACAGGGAGAGCAGCACAUGUCCAGCCAAAUGGACCUGGCAUCAGAAGUCCAUGCUAGGGGGAAUGGUGAAAAAGGAGGCAGAAAACUUGCCAGUGAGCCCCCAGAAAGAACAAACCAGCCGAAAACAGUUGAGGUUUCUUCUGAAAGAAUGCCAAAGAAUGCAUGUGGUGACAAGCCAGCUGCAAGUGACAGACAGGGAGGGCCCUUGGUCCAGAGCCACUGUCAGGAGAAGAGUGAAAUCAGAUCCCACCAGUCAGUGGAACUGGCCCCAAAUUAUGCAUCCUCAAUCACAUCUGCCUCUCCCGCGGAGCAGGAAACUCAGCGAUCAUUCUGUGUAGCCAAACUGGCUUCCUCUUCCUCCCCUCAACUGACGGCUAAGAAAGCAGCUUCCGCCCAGGGAGGACCAAUCCAGGUGUCAGACUCCCUGGCAGUGCCCAGCAAUAGGACCCUAGCGGACCCUCCAGGGGAGGACACUGCGUACUUCACACCGCGGCCGGCCACCAGGACCUACUCCAUGCCAGCCCAGUUCUCAAGCCACUUCGGACGGGACGGUCAUGCCCCACACAGCCCGGGUCGCUCUCCUCGGGACAGCCAGGUCCCUGUGAAGAGCAGUGGUCACCCUGUGGAGGCAAAGGCAUCCAAAGGGGGCAUUUCAGGACUGACUAAUGGACAGGGCGUGUACAGUGUAAAGCCUUUGCUGGAAACGUCAAGGAACCUCCAAACAACAGGUGAAACAAACGCUGUCUCAGUCCAGGAGACAGGCUGCCUCACGGACAAAGUCAGAGUCACCAGACGGCACUACUACUGUGAGCAGAACUGGCCCCUCGAAUCUACCUCAUUCUUUUCUGUGAAGCAAAGGAUCAAGUCCUUUGAGAACCUGGCCAAUUCUGACCGGCCCACAGCUAAGGCCGGGGUGUCCGCAUUUUUGUCUGUGAGCACCAAGCCUCCCAUCGGCAGACGGUCUUCCGGAAGCAUCACUUCCGGGAGUCUCUGUCACACCAGUGACAGCACAGCAAGGUCACUGAGACGUAGCUUGAGCUCCUGCAGUGAAAGCCAGAGUGAAGCCAGUGCCCUUCAAAUGACCAAGUCCCCAUCCAGCACAACGCUGGUCGUUUCUCGGCAGAAUCCACCUGAGACUAUCAGCAAGGGUCCUGAUUCGAACCAAAAGAAAUUACUAGUUCCUUUGGGAAUUCCCACCCCAACAGUGACCCCACCGUCCCCCAUCAGGAAGAGCAAAUCCUCGGUACGCCACACACAGCCCUCACCUGUGUCCCGCUCCAAGCUGCAGGAACUCAGAGCGCUGAGCAUGCCUGACCUGGACAAGCUCUGUGGGGGUGAGGAGUACCCUGCAGGGCCCACUGCUGUCAUCUUCAAAACCCAGCUGGAGAUUGUCCCCAGGAGGUCCUGCAGUGGCCCCCUGGCAGGAGCCCUCCCAGCCAGUGAGCCUGCAGCGCCCAGUCCAGCCAGCGAAGGCAGUGCACCCGUCCAGGAUCUGCCUUCCGGGAAAAGCUGGUCAGUUAGUUUGGAUCAGCUUCUCGUCUCAGCGGGGGACCAGCAGAGACUGCAGGCCGUUUUAGAGUCCGUGGGGUCGAAAUCUACCAUCCGAACUCUCCUUCAGGAAGCGAAAGCACAAUCCGAGAAUAAAGAAGAUAUUUGCUUCAUAGUGUUGCAUAAAAAAGAAGGCUCAAGUCUGGGAUUCAGUGUGGUAGGAGGGACAGAUGUGGACCUGAAAUCAGUCAUGAUCCACAGGGUGUUUUCUCAGGGGACGGCUUCUCAGGAAGGGACUGUGAGCCGAGGGGACUUCCUUCUCUCUAUCAAUGGUGCCUCACUGGCCAGCUUGGCCCAGGGCGAUGUCCUGAAGGUUCUGCAUCAGGCACAGCUGCACAAACAGGUCCUCGUGGUCAUCAAGAGAGGGAACAGCCAGCCCAGGCCCUCCAUCAGGCAGGAGCCUCCCCCGGCCAACGGAAAGGGUUCACUAACCAAAAAGACUGCCACGCUGGAGCCUGGCCCUGGGCGAAGCGGAACGGCUCACGAUGCUCUGUGUGUUGAAGUGCUGAAGACUUCGGCUGGCCUGGGACUGAGUCUGGAUGGAGGCAAAUCGUCUAUGUCUGGAGAUGGACCCCUGGUCAUUAAAAGGGUCUACAAAGGUGGUGCAGCAGAGCAAACCGGAACAAUAGAAGCUGGAGAUGAAAUUCUUGCUAUUAAUGGGAAACCCCUGGUUGGGCUCAUGCACUUCGAUGCCUGGAGUAUUUUGAAGUCUGUUCCAGAAGGACCUGUGCAGUUAGUAAUUAGGAAGCAUAGAAACUCUUCCUGAAUUUUAACAAGAAUCACCUUUUCUCAGUUCUCUUAUUUUACACAAAUCAAAAUGACGGUUGAGGCAACAAACAAUGUGUAUAAACGAGGACUACAAAAAUCCCCAAGUUUGUAUUUAUAUACAAAAUCUGCCCUAUUGUGUUGCAGCAACAAUGAAAGCAAACUCCAGAAGUCGUGGAUCACCUGGGCUGGGGGUUCAUUUUGUUCCAGUGCCUGUCCCCUCCUUUUAUGUCUGCAAGGGGAUACAAGAGGUGACAUGGCCUUCUUCUGAAACACCUAGCUACACCUCCUGCCCCAUCUCCCAGUGUAUAAUCCUGGUGAGUAGGAACCUGAGGGGUGACACAAACGUCAUAGCUAAUGAGACUACAGUUUCCUGUAAUUUUGUAAGUAAAUGAGACACUGCUCUUGGGCACAUUCAGUGGGAAGAGGAGCUGUAGGUAGGUAAGUAGGUAUUUCCCUGAAAAGAAAAAGAAAAUGAAUAAUGACCUAAUCAGUAGGCUGAGCUCAGGAAUUAUCCCAGAACUGAAAAAAGCAAAAUACAGAAAGCAGUAUUUUCUAAUGAGUGUAAUGUACAAUGUAUGGAUGCAGCGUUCAACUCAAUGAGUUGACUAUGAUCAUUUUCUGUUUCUGCAAAUUUAAGUCAUAUGGCUCUUUUACAGAAUAACAGUCCCGACAGCUGUGAGCUUUGCUGCUGGAAGGAGCAGGAAGUUCCAAAUCUAAAAGCACCUUGCAUUUAGUUUUCUAACUGGUCUUGAGUAAAUGCUUCAAUUCAAGAUUAGUCACAAAAGCAGGCCAAAAUUUUCAGUCACUGGGUCUCCAUUUCUACAUCUUACGCACUCCACUUACUAAUUCAAAUUUCAAAAAUCAAGUAUCUUUUAAAAUCCAAACUGCAAAGUGUAAAAUAGUCCUCUGGGGAGACUUGUUUGGAUGGCUUUCCUCCUCUUCCUUAACACACUUAAGUAAUGUAACUUGCUAAGUAACAGAUCUCUCUUUCCUGACCUGGUACAAUGACAGAGCUCUGCAGUGACUGAAAGUUUCUGUUCUCCUGCAGAUUGCCGUGACUCAGGCUGCUUGUGAAACUCCCGAUCACCAUUAGCUUCUUCAAAGUGGCCAGCCCCUGUCACAAAGCUGACUUUUCUCCCCUCCCACUCUACCUAAAUUCCAAAGCCCCACAAGCUUGGUUUACCAAAAUGUCGUAAGAACAAGGAAGAAAAACAGGGUGAGUCAAAGUUAAAGGACCAUGCAGUAUGUACAAUCUGGGUGGCGCAGGCCAGUCUGUUGAGUCCUAGAAAUAGGAGGGGGAUUGCAUUUGUCAUACCUGAACACACGAUGCUAAGAUUUUAUGUUGGCAAUUUCUUUACAUAACUCACAGCGAUGUCUAUGGCUACAUGCCUUGGACCAUGGUAAUACAUGAGCUGUCACCUUUGUACAUCAUUUUUCUGAGUGACCAAUCCUGCUAAAUAUCUAUGGAGCUAGCCCAGAGAGGUCCCUCAGAUGGGGGUGAAAUAUCUGGCUUAUCUGAGCCAGAUUUCUCAUUUUUCAACAGGUUAUACAGAGGAAUAUGUAGUUCAGGAGUAGCUAGAAAAACCUGAUUUAGCUUCUACUUUUCAUUGCAGUUACAGGUAGGAUACUAUAGGAAGUCAGUGCAAGGUGCAUGCUGGAUUUUUUUCAAGUCUCUGGGGUCAGUUUCGUGGUUUCUGCUUUUUUGCCUAAACGACAAGAGUAUCCGACAUUUUGAAGUCAACCCUGAACACCGAUUUUUCCUCCACUCUUACAGCUAUGUCUGUAAGAAAUUCAUAGUCAUGUGAUCAUACAGGAAUUUCUAGAGCAAAAUGGAGCAAUGGCAGGUCGUCUAUGUCCCUAAUCCUCGUAUCUGAAGAGUACAGGGUGGAUCUCUGGCCUACUGUGCUGUUAAAAAUCAACCAUUUCUGCAAGAUCAUGCCUUGCCCCCGGCCAACAGGAGGAAUAAGGGAAGAAGCAAAAACUAAACUGUCUCUGACCCUGAGAUAGAGAGCUAUUUAUUUGUCUUCAGUGUUCAAGGCAUGACUAGUAUUUCUAAUUAGUCUAAUAAACUCCCACACUUCCUGAAGUGAACACUAAUGGUAUUGUCCUAUUCAAACUUCCAUUGUUUUUUUUUUUUUUUCUUUUUUUAAACUGGUCAGUCAUUCACAGUAAGCUAUGAGGGUAAAUAUGUGUUUAACAUUGUAAAUUGUAGUUGCAAGAAUAUACCGUGAAGGCUGAGGAGCCUGGGUUUCAUUUCCAUCCUCCCACAAGCAUCUCGCUGAAUUGUACGGUUGACUUAAUUGGCACCACACCUGUUGUAUGAUAGUAUAAUUAUCCUUUAUUUAUGUAAAAUGAAAUGCCUUAUAUAUUAAAGAGUUAAGUGCAAUAAUAUGAAAUAGCCUGUACAUUUUAAAAUGUUGUUGCCAAGUUAUGUAAAUCCACAUGUGUAAACAACUUUUUUAAGUAAUUUAAAAAAAUAAACUGCCUACUACUUGG